AUGGUUCGAUUCAAAUUCAAAACCUCGUUAAUUAUUGCUAUAUUUUUUUUGUUCAUAUAUUUUUCUGUGGAAUCAUUGUUUCCAAGAAAACAAGAAGACAAAAAUGUGUCAAAACAAUUUUUGAAGUCGAUUUGUACAACUGCUUCAGAUUCAUAUUUGUUGGAUAAUAUGGAGAUUAAUUGUUCGAACAUUCUCAAAGGAUAUAAAACUAACGAAAAAUUGGAUAUCAUGCAUUUGGAUAUAAUUGAAGAACAACUUUUUUCUUGUACUAAUAAAUGUCAAACGCUGAAAACUUUAUUUCGAUUCAAUACAAAUCCAAUGUCAGCAGAAGAAAAACAUUUUCCACUAUCCUAUGGAAUGCUUGUGUACAAGGAUUUGCCACAGGUUCUUUUUCUUCUCUCAUCAAUCUAUCAUCCUCAAAACGAGUACUGUAUUGCGGUUGGUGAAAAUUCUGCUCCCAUAUUUCAAAACUUACUCAGAGAAGUCUCAACUUGUUUUUCAAAUGUACAUUUUAUGAAACGUCCACCAAUAAGUUGGGGAAGUCAUGAAAUAAUUGAUUCGGUGUACGAUUGUCUGGAAUUUCUGAGUCACUUGGAAACUGAUUGGAGAUAUUUUCAAUACUUAUCAGGAGUUGAUAUUCCAUUAAAGACAAAUCUCGAAAUGGUUCAAAUAUUGAAACAUCUAAAUGGAACAUCAAAUGUCGAAAUUACAAAUUAUCAACAAGCACGACUCACCGGAAAGAAUGAAAAUGAAUCUCCACUUCCACUUUUCAAAUCCUCACUAUCUGCAAUCAUUCCAAGAAAAGCUGCCAAUCAGCUGGCAUCCUCCAAUACAGCUCGAAAGCUUUUAGAAUUUCUUUGGAAUACUGAAAUUGCAGACGAAGGAUUUUGGGGUACUUUAUUUGGAAAUAAGGACCAAUUUAAUAUUUCUGGAUCAAUAAACUCAAAAGAUUGGAUGGAAUAUAGAGAUAAUCAAAAUAAUAUUUUUAAUCCAACAGAUGGAUGGAGUUAUUACAUAUCAAGAGAUCAAAUUUGGGAUCCAGAACUUUGUAAAAAUUACAUGAAGGAUGAUUCAUGUGUUUUUGGAAUUGGAGAUGUCCCAAGAUUACGGACGUCAAAGGCAUUGGUUGCUCAUAAAUUUUACCUGAAAUCAGAGCCGGAAGCCUAUUUCUGCUUAUUGAAGGAACAUCAUCGUCGAACAAUAAAUCCCGAUUUAACAUUCGAUGCAUCAAAAUACUCAGAACUACCUCAAGUUGAACUAUCACGAGGUCUUGCCAUGUCACAACUGACACAUCAAAAUUGGAUUCUAUGAUCUUCUUCUUCACUAUCACUAGGCUUCGGGUUCAAUUUUGCUGGUCUUUCUCUAUUAAAUCUGUUUAUUUUCUUCCGUUUUCUUCUACACGGUUUGGGUUUUCAAUGAUUUCGAAUAAAAAGGAUACCCUGU